UGUAGGCGGGCCCGCAUGGAGUCAUGUUUGGGGAAGAGGUUACUGUAACCGACGGCUCACAGGCUGCAGGUUCAUUCUUGUUAACUCAGCCCACCAUGUGAUAUCAGAUCAGCUCUAAUUACUUGGAUUUCUUCCUGUAUGGCUGUAUGAUAUCUGCUCGCAUCCAAACUGACUGAAGCCUGCUGAAGGUUGCGCUGAGAACUCUGCUGGAGAUGUUCUGGUUCAUGCAAGGGCUGUGCUUCCUGCCCGUGUUUCUGGUCGUCUGGUCCUCCUGUACUUUCAUUGUCCCCUACCUUAUUGCGCUCUUCAGAGGCGAUGUGGACAUCAUCUUCCCCUAUAUAAGUGAUACAGGUGCAAAUCCACCCGAGAGCUGCAUUUUUGGCCUGAUGACCUUCAUUUCUGCAUGCGCAGGAUGUGCCACCAUAUAUACCAGAUACAAGUAUGUGGAGAAGCUGAGUGAGCAAAAUAGCCUUGUGAAACCAUGCCUCAAUAAAGCCACACUCUUGCUUGGUAUAAUUGCCUGUUUCGGGAUGUGCAUUGUUGCUACUUUCCAGGAAACAGUAGUGACCUCAGUCCAUGAUUUUGGAGCACUGACUUUUUUCAUCACUGGAGUUGUUUACAUAAUCCUGCAGUCUGUACUGUCAUUCAAAGCAUAUCCUUAUGGGUCGUCCAUCUGUGUGUGUCGAGCCCGUUUGGUCAUCGCAACCAUCGCUGCAGCUGCAUUUUUUCCCACUGUCAUCUGUGCAUAUUUCGUCACACAAACCACCCUCCACAGGCAUACAUAUGACAAGGACUAUCGCUUCCAUGUAGUCAGUGCCGUCUGCGAGUGGAUUGUUGCCUUCAGCUUCAUCUGCUUCUUCCUCACAUACAUUGAGGAUUUCAAAAUUUUUAAGUUGCAAGUGAGGACAGAAUAUCAGGACUAGAUGAGUAACUUGGACGAAUUUGAGUAUUUUGUGUAAUUUUGCCUUUUAUUGCACAAGAGGGUUUUUUUAUACAACCAUGUAUUUUUGCUACUUGAAUUUUUUCAAAGAUUCUUUUCCUAUAUAUGAUCAUAAUAGAUACAUAACCUGUAUUUAAAAUUUUUAUACAAUCAUUUUAUAUGUGUAUCACCUUAUUUUAACCAUUGUUCAAGCAUCACUUUGCACUUUGACACACUAUCGUGACACAUCCUGUGUGAACUGUGACCACUAAUAAGAGAAGUUUAUCACCCAGCUGACACAUGACUGCAGUGCAUGAGGGAAAACGAAUCUCACUGUGUGUCAAGAUGUUAAUAUAUCUGGUGCUAUUGUAGCUUCAUCCACGAUUAUUAGACAACGGUGUUAAAGAUGUGCAAAAAGCCUAGAAAUAAGUUUAACUUUUGUUGCAGUAGCACAAUCGCACGCCGAAAUGUUGGCUUACCAUCCUCGUCAAUGUUUUUUUUUUUUUUGUUUUAACCUUGUUCAGUAUUACUGGCAAGUUUAGGCUAGUAUUUUCUUGUAUCUUUUUCCUGUCUUACUUAAACGGCAUGUUUUGUUGUCUUUCCCGUUUUGAAAAGCAAGAGAAAGGAGCUUAUGUGUCUCAUCAAAUUCACACCCCAAGGAAACAGGAAGUCAUGAAUUACUUAUGUUUGUAGAGAAUGUUAUCAACGUAAAAUGUAAAGCAUAGAAAUGCUUUCGCCAGAUGUAUUUAUAAGAAUUGUUAGGGAGGAAAAUAAUUGUGGCCCUUUUUUGUUAAAGCAAUAGUUUCUUGGCACUUUCUAAAUGUCCUCAAACUUAAGGGUUGGAUUUGUCAGUGUGAGAUUACACUACUGCACCAAGAGAAUAAUUUAUUUUAAGGUUUUCAUGCCUACUUUGGAGCGGUCCCAAAGAUUACUGAUGUAUAGAGUAACGAGACAUGUGCAUACACUGUGUAAAAACACAAAUAACCUUUGAUUCAUUGGGAGGAAAAAGGCAGAAGCAUGCAAGCCAGCAAACGCCAUCCCAACUGUAAAGUAAGGGGGUGGCAGCAUCAUGUUGUGGAGUGAUUUUGCUGCAGGAGGUACUAGUGCACUCCACAAAUGUUAUGGUAUCAUGAAGAAAAGGAUACUGCCUGGAAACAUUAAAGCAACAUUAAAGCAUAUCAGCCAGGACGUUAAAGCUUGGGUGGAAAUAGGUCUCCUAAAUGAACAUUGAUCCUAAACAUACCUCCAAAUUAGUUACAAAUGUUUUCAGUACGACAAAGUCAAUGAUUUGGGUUGGACAAACAAUAGCAUUUAGCAAAUAUAAAGAAUUUAGGUAAUCAUAGUUGACCUAAACAGUAAAAGUUUAGUCUGAUUUAAUAUCAGAGGAUAAAUGGUCAUGUACCUUUUAACAGAGUAUUAAGAUAUCUGGUUUUUGUGGUAUGUUUUAUACAAACUAGAAAAGCAAAUCUUUUCGUAUCAUGAUUUAGGUGCUUUAAUUAUGUCCUAAUGUAUGAGAUCCACAGUGCAGCUACAGAUUUCUCUUGUGUCUGCAUUAGUUUGUGUGCAGCUCCGGUUAUCAGCUUUGCAACUGGUGGGAGUUUUCUGAACAACAGAGAAUUUUUUUAUAGUACAGAACUGAUUGGAAUAAUUUUUCUCAAAUUCAGAUUUUUAGUCAAGUUUGAGUAAAGUAAAUUUGUAUGUUUUCUAAUUUGUUAUUUUAGAGCUAUACAGACAUAAUUGCAGACAUUUCGUUAACAUUUGUAUUAUUAGUUUUAUGUAUUUUUGGUUUUAGCAUCUUAAAAUGUAUGUAACUAUGAAUCACUUAAUAGACAUCUGGAAGAAAGUUUUAAUAUAAAAAAAAUAUCAAAAUUCAGUUGAAUAAAUAUAUUAUUCUGUCCUGUUUCAGCCCUCCGCCUCCUGGUGGAAGCUAGCCAGUAUGCAUCCUGCAGAUGUGACGAUGGGGCUGAUCAUAUUUAUGACCGCAAUAACAAAUCAGAUUCAUAGAAUCCACUUUUUUAGAAUAUUAGCUUUGCAUUUAAAUAUCUUUCUUUAAGAUGUCAGUUCUGCAGCUCUUCCACUGGUGUAAAAACGGGGGAAAAACUUCAGGGAAGCCUUAUUUAUUGUGUUUCUCCUUUAGGUCCUUGAAGUUUCAUAAAUUCAUUUUCUCUGACUAAAGGCACCAAGAUGGAGGCCUUAACGUCCACCUAAAAAUAACCUGAAACCUCAUUUUGACAUGUAAAGACAAGUAAUAAAAACGUACUGUAUGGAAUAGUCGCCUGUAUUUGUUAUUCUGCAACAAUAAUAGGUGAGGGAUGUCUAAUCUACAUGUUAUUGUUUAUUUUUACUAUUCAAGCCACGACUGAAUAUAUCUCUUCCCUUACAGUAUUCCAGAUGUAUGGUGGUCAAAACUCAAAACUCACUACAAAUGUUUUCAGAAGAGAAAAUGUAAUUUUAUUGAGCAAACUGUUUUACUUUUCACUUUGACUUAAUGUACCAUAAACAUGAUUUUAAAUAUCUGAAUAAAGUGCACUUUUUGUAUCAA